AUGAGAAAAGAGCUUCAAUAUAUCCUGCUAGCACAUCUGUUGCUGGUGGUAUUUUUGGUCUAUCAAACCUUUGACUUGAUAACGCUGCUUUAUGAUGAUAGUUUCCAGUACGCUUUGCUGGAAUCUGAGCUAUCUCCUACCGUCGAUAGACCUCAACUCAUCCCCAAAAUAAUUCACCAGACCUACAAAACAACUGAGAUCCCUGAUGUCUGGAAACAAGGACAACAAAGCUGCAUCGACCUGCAUCCUGACUAUCAGUAUAUUCUGUGGACCGACGAGAUGUCUAGAGAAUUUAUUUCUGAACACUAUCCAUGGUUCUUGGAGACUUUUGACAACUACAAGUAUCCAAUCGAGAGAGCAGACGCUAUAAGGUACUUUAUCCUGUACCACUUUGGUGGCAUUUACAUUGAUUUGGACGAUGGAUGUGCCCGAAAAUUAGAUCCUCUGCUCACCGUUCCGGCGUUUGUGAGAAAAACCAUUCCCACCGGGAUAUCCAAUGACGCCAUGGGCUCUAUGCCUAGACAUCCAUUUUUUGCCAAAGUGAUCGACUCUUUGAACAAAUACAACAAUAACUGGUUAGUGCCAUAUAUCACAAUCAUGUACUCCACAGGACCACUGUUCUUGUCUGUGAUAUGGAAACAAUACAAGAGAUGGGGCGUUCCUGAUGCGGGCGUGGUGAGGAUACUCAUGCCUCAGGACUACAGUAAUGGAGAGCAUCCCUUUUUCAGCAUCUCGAAGGGCUCUUCAUGGCACAUGGACGAUGCGAAAUUCAUGUUUUUACUCUCCAAGCAUAUUGUUUGGGCUGUACUUGGUGGCUUUGCAGUUGCGCUCUUGUUCUUUUACAUGGAGUACCUCAUGUACUCUUUCUUUAUCUCCAACACUUUCAAGAGAUUCAGAAAAGGAGUCUGGAACUUAAUGAGAUUAAGAUCUUGGUCACACGGAAACAAUUACACUCGUUUGAACCCACGGAAACAGGCCAAGUAUCUCAAAACGAGAAACAGAAAAGACUCCAACUUGCCAGUCGCUAUUAACAUCGACGUGGAGAAAAACGUUAUGGAGGUCUGA